AUGACAGACCUGGAGAGUGGCAUGAUCACUAUCAUCCGAAUUUUCCACAAAUACUCGGGGCACAAGUGCAACCUGAAGAAAGCAGAGCUGAAGGAUCUCAUCAACAAUGAGAUGAGUCAUUUCAUAAUGAAAAUCCAAGAGAAAGAAACUUUGGACGAACUUUUUGCUGACCUCGACCAGAACGGAGACCUGGAGAUCGACUUUAAAGAAUUCAUCACUCUCAUUGCCAUGGUGACUUCAGCAUGCCAUGAACUUCAUCCCAAAACCACAUCAUGAUCAAUUAGCAUGAU